AAGUAAAAAAGCCCACAGAAAAAUCUUAAUUGGCAAUUAAUUAUAAGUAGUAGAUUGAAUCCUCAAAUCAAUCAAUAGCAAGAAGCUUUUCCAUUUGAUUCUUUCUCUGCAAUUUUAUUUCUCUUUCGGCUUCCUAUAGAAUUCUCAAUGGCCCCAUCAAAUUCUCUGCUCAGUUAGGGUUUUAGCUUCUUCAGUCAAGAGGCAGGUAUCGUGCUUUAUAUCACUUAGUUUUACUCUUCUUUAACGGCUUUCUAAGUCCAAAUCCCAAUUCCUUUUAGCUUGUUUCAUAGAGGAAUGUGAUGACCCAAAUGUGGAUUUUACAGUGACUAAGACCCAGAGAGAGAAUUGCAUUGAAAAGUUUUAGCUGGUUUUUCUGUUUUUUUUCUUUUUCUGGGGAGAAAAGAGUGGACCCAAGUGUUUAGAAAGAUGGGUUCAGUAAGAAAGUUUAUGGGUUAUUAGAUAUCCAUCUAAAACAUUGUUUUUUUCUUUGUAACGAACUGGGGUUUUGGAAUUAUAGCUCUGGUUUUUGUUAUGAGUAAGGAAUAGCCUUUAGUGACCUUUUUGUUUUUUGUAGGAGGAUUAACAAAGUGUUUGUUAUACUGAAAGCAAAGGCGGAUUUGAGGGGGGAAAUUUUGGCUCUGUAUUUUCGUAUUUUUAGCUGUUAAAUGGCUGGUUCUCCAGAUGGAUAGAGCUUUAAGUUGCAAACUUUGGAGCAUUUGAUGAGAAAGAAUCUUAAAUCUGCAAAACCCCAUUUAAAAGGAUCAUUAAUAAAUUAUGUUGAAUGAGCAAACCCCAAGUUUUUUAUCCUAGGGAGGGUGAGAGAGAUUAAGAGAGAGUGAUGAAAUGCAACAGACUUUGUGACUUUCAUAACUCUAGCCUAUGAUCUUAGAGACUUGAGAGAGAGAGAGUAAAUGGGAAGUGAAGAAUAUUCAAAAUUCGAUCUUCCUUCCUUUGUUUUAUUAGUUUUCCGUUAUGUGACCAAGAUUUAUAGUCGUAUCCUCUAGCAGUUUCCAUGGCAGAAAGAACCACACUGUCGUCAAGCUCUGAGACUAGAAAGUCCCUUUUUGGCGUUAUUUGUGUCUCUUUUAUACUCUUGAUCAUCUCCUCUUCUUUUCUUUUGAGGUCCAAUAAUUCUCUUCUAUCCGAAUCAGUUCUCAUGUUGAUGGCCAUUAAUAGCACUCUAGAAUCAACAACCAAAACCAAACUCCUUGAACCCGCUGAUUCUUCCACUCUGGGCCUUCAAAUCACAAAUCCAAAGUCUAACAUUGGAAUUGAAUUCCGAGAUAUAAGCAGGUCAUCUGAUACAGGAAAGAAAAGCAAGUGUGAUCCAAAUCAAGCAUUUCUUAAGGUCUAUAUGUAUGAUUUGCCACCUGAUUUCCAUUUUGGGCUAUUGGGUUGGAAGCCAAAUGGCAAAAAAAUAUGGCCAGAUAUUGGCACAGCAAUACCUGAGUACCCUGGUGGCUUGAAUUGGCAACAUAGUAUGGAGUAUUGGCUUGCAUUGGAUUUACUAGCUUCAAACACAAAUGGGGGACUUAGUCCAUGCACAGCUGUGAGAGUCAAUAAUUCAAGCUUUGCCGAUGUGUUUUUCGUGCCAUUUUUCUCUUCGAUUAGCUAUAACCGACAUUCCAAGCUACAUGGAAACAAAAAGAUCAGUAAAAAUAGUCUGUUGCAGGAUAAACUAGUGAAGUUUUUGAUGGGUAGAGAAGAAUGGAAUAAAUGGGGGGGAAAGGAUCACUUGAUUGUGGCUCACCACCCAAAUAGCAUGUUGAUGGCUAGAGAUAAACUUGGUUCAGCUAUGUUCGUGCUUGCUGACUUCGGGAGAUAUUCAAAUGAUACAGCUAACCUGCAAAAGGAUAUAAUUGCUCCUUAUAUGCAUGUUGUGAGGAGUAUUAAGGAUGAUACUCUUUCUUUCAAAAGCCGAAGGACCUUGGCAUAUUUCCAAGGGGCAGUAUACAGGAAAGAUGGUGGAAUUAUUCGACAAGAUCUUUACUAUCUUCUCAAGGAUGAAAAAGACGUUCACUUUGCUUUUGGCAGUGCUAAAGAGAAUGGGAUAACUAAGGCAGGCCAAGGUAUGGCUUCGUCAAAAUUCUGCCUAAAUAUAGCAGGCGACACCCCCUCCUCGAAUCGUCUUUUCGAUGCUAUAGCGAGUCAUUGCGUACCCGUUAUUAUCAGUGAUGACAUUGAGCUCCCUUAUGAGGAUGUACUUGAUUAUUCUAAAUUUUGCAUCUUUAUAAAAGCACCAGAUGCUAUAAAGCCGGGUUUCAUACUGAAUCUUCUUAGAGGGAUUGGGCCUCAAGAAUGGACCCAAAUGGCCCAAAGGGUAAAGGAAGUCGCCCAUCACUUUGAGUAUCAAUUCCCUUCUCAACCUGGCGAUGCUGUUCAAAUGAUAUGGGGAGCUGUUGGGCGUAAAUUAUCAUCUCGUCGGUUGAAACUACACAGGGAGAAUCGAUACAAACGGUCACAGCUCAAACAACAGAGAUUUUAAGAAGAGGAUUUGAGAAUCUGAAGAUGCAUUUUCUAACCAUGUAACUGAAAUGCACCUUGAUUGUAACUUGAGGCCAUUCUUGGUCCCUUUGUAAUUUAAUGGUCCUCUGCUUAUUGAUUACAUUGUGGUUUAUCAUUGAUUAAAGUGUAAGUAGUCCUUACAAAAAUUAUGACUGAUUUGAUA